CUGUGUGGGAGAGGAGCACAGAUUCCGUCUAACGGAGAAGCACGGAAAGGGAAACGGGCGAGAAACAUGAGUCGAAGUCGCCCUUGUGAAGGUUUCCACCUUGAAGGAAUAAAAAAUUUCCCGCAAUUCUAAGAAGGACGCGCAAAAGAGGACGUUGAAUGUGAGAGAAAAGAGAGCGGAAGCAGACGGAAGAAGAGGCGCGUCAAAGGCGUCUGACAGCAAGCUCGGGAACUUCGCUGGAUCUGGGUUCUCUACUUUUCAGACGUGUCUCAAGCUUUGGUUCGGUGGUGUUCGGACGUUGUUUGUGAUUUUUUUUGGGAGGGGGUGAUUUUAUUUCGGCGAGAUUACCUCAGACUUCCUCUUGGAUCGUGUUACGCGUUGGUAAACAGAAGGCGCCGUCGGAGUUUGGAAGUACGAUGCAGGCCGCCAGCGGCUUGUCCUCUGCGUUUCUUCAACACGGGAAGACAUUUGCCAUCUAACCCCGAACACCGGAUUUAAACUUUUGUCUCCCCCCCGGCUUUGUCACAAAAAGUGAAAGGUGUGCAGUUAAGGCGCAUUGCCCCUGCUUGUAAUCACGCUGUUCCUGCAAACCGCCCCGGCGGCCCGUGAGUUGUGGAUAUCCGGUGAGCGGAACUUCCCCCCCCCCGGAGCUGCACGUCUCCGUGGAAUCAACACGUCGCGGCGAGCUGGUUCGUUUACAGGCGUUUGUGUAAACGGCUUGUUGUCACAGAUACGGCCCCUGCGCGGCGUGCGGGGAUUACGUUAUUGUCUGGCUUUUCUAAAAAAAAAAGAGAAAAGGGCUCCUGUUCACCUUGGCAGAGGCCAGCCACCUCCCGCUGGAGGCGGGUGAGGGGGAGCGGAGGCCUCGGGGGGGCUGUUGGCUGUCCGGGCCCUGUGACAUUACCAGCGGAGGGCCGCGUGUGUCCGUGUCACUGGGAUUAAUCCGAGCUGUAGCAUCAUUCCCCCACUGGGUCCAGUGACGGGUCCAGCCCCAGAACGCGCCUGUAAUCGGAGCUAUAUUUAGCGUAAGGGAUGGGGUAAAAGCAGGCAGCGGGAAACCCAACUCCCCUCCACUUCCUUCUCUUGCCCCCCUGCUGUCACACUGCCUCGCUCAGCCGCCCCGGCAGCAUGCUGGGCGAGCCUGGUUAGCACACACGCGACUUGCAGCUAGUUAAUGUAUUUUCAGAAGUAGGGUGGAAUAAUAACAACAAUUGGAUGAACUUAUUCCGCUGCGAAAUAAAGGAUCCGUUUGAACCAUGCUGACCACGGCGUCUUGUUAACCCGGGAAUACUAGCUGCACUGUGUUCUACUGGUCAAGGCUGCACCGGACACACAAAAUACCCUGUACUGGAUUACGACUAAGAUGUCUGAAGAACUAUUAGCUGUGUAUUUUUGGUUGAACCUGCCCUGGACUAAGUGAACCCAUCACAAGCAAGUCGUACUCAGAGUAACCACCCAUUACCAUACAAAGAAAGAAAAGGCCUACUUUUUCUGACUAAUUUAAAAUAUCAGUCACCAGCGCCCUGGAGCAGUACUAAUCUCCAGCACACAGGAAGAAUGCAUGAAACUGCCGAAACCAACAAAAUAAAAAAGCUAACCUGAAUAACCAAAUAUUCUAACUUCCCAGACUCCCCAUACCCACAGAGAAACAUAAUAUAUAUGUAGAAUGAGAGAUCUAUAUCUAUAGUGUAACUCCACCGAAGACAGAGAUUACAUCCUUUUAUAUUUUUACUCCAGAGAGACAAGCUGCCUGUACACCAGUUGGUUGCCUUAGAAACCACAGUCACAAAAAAGGAAAAGAAAGAAGCCAGAGAAGAAGGUGCCUUUUGAUUGGUCGGUCGGUUUCCCACCAUUUCAAGAUUCAUUGAUUCAGUUGGAUGUAAACUGCUGAAGCGAACUCGGGGAUUGAAAAGACGUAUCUCAUGACAGACUGAAACUCCCUUCACGAGCCCCACCCACCCAUCAAAGCGUUUUGAUUGACAGUGUUUCCCUGCUGGAUUGAUUACUUGUCGAUCAUCUCCAUGGUGAUCACAUCAUCAUCAUCAUCCGUGGAGGACAAGCCCGUGCCCUCUCUCAGGAUGGUCCAAACAGAACCCUGGAUUGCCUCUGCCCUGCUGCGCAAGAACAAGAGUGUAAGCAGCUCAGGAUGUCCGCCCACCUCCUCCUCCUCCUCAUCCUCCUCCUCCUCCUCCACUGCCCAGGGCUUCUCCCUCGCUGAGCCAGCCAUGACCAGCCAGCACACGCAUACACACCCCUCCUUCAGCUCCAUCCACUCCAUGGCCGAGCAGCAGCAGGUGCUGUCUGAUAUGACCAUACUCCAACGGAGGAUCCCCCCUAGUUUCAGAGACCCUGCCAGCGCCCCACUGAGGAAACUCUCUGUUGACCUCAUCAAAACUUACAAGCACAUCAAUGAGGUGUACUAUACUAAGAAGAAGCGGCGGGCCCAGCAGGUCCCUCCAGAGGACAGCAGCACCAAGAAGGAGAGGAAAGUCUACAACGACGGCUAUGACGACGACAACUACGACUACAUUGUCAAAAACGGAGAAAAGUGGCUGGACCGCUAUGAGAUAGACUCGCUGAUCGGGAAGGGCUCCUUCGGACAGGUGGUGAAGGCCUACGACCACCAUGAGCAGGAAUGGGUCGCCAUUAAGAUCAUUAAGAACAAGAAGGCAUUUCUAAACCAGGCACAGAUUGAACUACGCCUGCUGGAGCUCAUGAACAAGCAUGAUACUGAGAUGAAAUAUUACAUAGUCCACCUGAAGCGUCACUUUAUGUUUAGGAACCAUCUCUGUUUGGUGUUUGAGUUGUUGAGCUACAACCUGUACGAUCUGCUGAGGAACACCAACUUCAGAGGAGUCUCCCUCAACCUCACCAGGAAGUUUGCACAGCAGCUCUGCACAGCGUUGUUAUUCCUGGCUACUCCAGAGCUGUCAAUCAUCCACUGCGACCUGAAACCAGAGAACAUCCUGCUGUGUAACCCCAAAAGAUCGGCCAUCAAGAUUGUGGACUUUGGGUCCUCCUGCCAGCUGGGACAAAGGAUCUACCAGUACAUCCAGAGCAGGUUCUACCGCUCCCCCGAGGUCCUGUUGGGAAUGCCGUAUGACCUGGCCAUCGACAUGUGGUCUCUGGGAUGCAUCCUGGUGGAGAUGCACACAGGAGAGCCUCUCUUCAGCGGCUCCAACGAGGUUGACCAGAUGAAUAAGAUUGUGGAGGUUCUGGGGGUCCCACCCAGCCACAUGCUGGAUGCAGCCCCUAAGGCCAGGAAGUACUUUGACAAGCUGUCAGACGGCCUGUGGACAGUGAAGAAGAACAAGGACAUCAAGAAGGAGUACAAGCCUCCAGCCACUCGGCGUCUUCAUGAGAUUUUGGGUGUAGAAACUGGUGGCCCAGGAGGGCGGAGGGCAGGGGAGCCAGGACACGCCCCCUGUGACUACCUGAAGUUCAAAGACCUGAUCCUGCGCAUGCUGGACUACGACCCGAAAAGCCGCAUCACGCCAUUCUACGCCCUCCAGCACAACUUCUUCAAGAAGACGACAGAUGAAGGAACCAACACCAGUUCAUCUACAUCCACCUCUCCUGCCAUGGACCACUCCCAUUCAACCUCCACUACUAGCUCUGUUUCUAGCUCUGGUGGCUCCAGUGGUUCUUCCAAUGACAACCGCAACUACCGCUACAGUAACCGCUACUACAACUCUGCUGUUACACAUUCGGACUAUGAGAUGACCAGCCCUCAGGCUCCCUCCCAGCAGCAGAUGAGGAUGUGGCCAGGCAGUGAUGGUGGAGGUGGGGGUCAGGACCCAGCAUACACCCAGUUGCUGCUCCACAAGCCGGCUGCCUCCCAACAGCACCAGCGCCACUUCCUGGACCCGCCCCACCACCCACACCCGACCUACUCCCACCACGGGAACGGCGGGCGCGGCCUGCGCCAGAGCGGACAGACGGGCAUCGGCGGAGGGGGGGGCCAGCAGGGCUCCUCGCCCCAGAUGAGUGACAGCAUGGAUGUGGGCGUGUCCCUAGGGCUGCACCACCUGGGGGCGGUGUCUUCCAUGGAGGCCUCUCAGUUCGGCUCGGCCUCCCUGCCCCUCGCUCUGCCAAUCGGACUGUCUGCCUUCCGGACUCGGACGGCCCCCACCGCCCCAGGGCCACAAGCCCCGCCCCCUGAGGACUACUACCCUGCCUCCAACAACAAUAACCCCGCUGCGGGGGGCAGAGGGAGGCCGGACUCAGACGAGGGGCCAGCCAACUCUUGAUAAAACCUGAACCAUGCCCUAAAGCCAUACAAUUUUAACUACAACUACUACAACUACACACAUACAGCCAGAGUUCAGAGACAAAGAGGUGAACUUUGUGCUGAAGGAGACAGUUUGUACUGCAUGAGAGGAGGAGGAGGAGGAGGGAGAAGGAGGAGGAAGAUGAUGCUGGGAAAAACUCUCCCUUUUUAUCCCGUUUUAGUUUGUUGUCCUUCUGUUGCGACUGUAAUUGGAAAGGAAUGAUUGUGACGAGUUUGUUUUUAUUAAUAUUAUUAUUAUUGUUUAAUAUUGUUUGAUUUUUUUUCGGGUUUGAGGAGUUGCGUGUUCUACUUGGUUGUUGUUUAAGCCUGGAGAGGAGGAGGAGGAAGAAACAGAGAGAGGAGCUAUGCUUUUCCAUUUCACUUCAUGUGGAGGGUGCAAGUGGAAGGUCACAUGUUCACGGUCUCACUGGUUAGUUCUGACAUUAGUGAAUUCAUAUUUACAGUCCAGAGAGACGAGCAGUCUUAACACACACACACACACAUACACAUUUAGCGCUGCAUCAAGAAGACAGAAGCUGGUUUCAAAGGGAGAAAACGUCAACCUGUGUGUGCUUCAGGACUCCUGUCUGUGUUAAACUCACUUUUUCUUUGAGUUUUCGCGUCCUCCCUCCGUCGCUCUCCACCUGGCUGUGACGGAGGGAGGGAGGGAGGGAGGUGGAGGGAAGAGAAGGUGGCAGGACACUGAUGCCUUCCUGGCGCUCAUAGAGAUCUCCUCCUCAUCCUCUCCCUCCCCUUGUUCUCUUCUUCCUCUCCUCCUCCUCCUGUUGUGUUUCUCCUCCAGACAGCUCCUCCUCUCUGUGCUGCUAAUCACCAUGACAACUGGUCCGGAUUGCUGCUAAAGAUCCAACACAGAUCAAUAAAGAAAUAAAAAGAAAUAGAAACAGAAAUAAAAAAAAAUAAAAAAAACUUUUUAACCCUUCUGCUUAAGAGAAAAGGAUAAAGUAAGAACCACUGCAUCUCAAUGUAUUUAUUACUAUUUAACAAGAAAAAACAAACUGAAAGUAACCCUUUUUUCUGCUCUUCUUUGUUUGGUUGCCUUCUUUCUGCAGGUGAGCUCUGAUUGGCUAUUGUAACAGUGACAGUAACUGGUGACAUGGGAAUGCCACCAGUUGUGGGGGCUGGGUGGAGGGGAGGGGUUUGGGGCAAAAUAAAGUUGGAUAUAUAAUAAGAAUAAAGAGUAUACUUUUGCACACCAAAGUCAAA